AUUUUUUUUCUCCUCCUCUCUGCUUGGUGUAGUCUGUGCCUGUCGGAUAGAGCAGACCUCAGACAUGGUGUAGGAUAUCAGGAAAGGAACAAGCGAUUGAAGUUGAGACGAGGCCUGUUGAGGCUGGAAGGGAGUGUGAAGGAUUGACAGUAACCGUGGAUCGGGCACAGGCAGGCGGAGGCCCCCCAUGGAGAAGGAGCAGGGAAGCGUGGCCCCUAGUGCCAACGUCACCAUCCCCAGCACCACCUCAGCCUCCACCGGCAGCAGCACUACAACAAACUCCUGCAGCAGACAGCAGGCUGUGCCUCAGAUAUCAGUAUAUGGAGGAAUCACAGACAGACAGACUGUUCAGGUCAUCCAGCAGGCCUUAAACAGGCAGCCCAGCACAGCGGCAGCUCAGUAUCUACAGCAGAUGUAUGCAGCGCAACAACAACACCUCAUGCUACAGACCGCAGCACUACAGCAACAGCACCUGAGCCUGGCCGCGGUGCAGCAGGCUAGUAUAGUGGCAGGAAGACAAAGCUGUAGUCAGAAUGGCACUACAUCCCAGCAGACCGUGGCCUCCCAAACCACUAUAAACCUCGCCACAUCCCCAGCGGCAGCCCAUUUGAUCAGUCGAGCCCAGAGCGGGAGCUCUGUUCCAGUCUGCAUUGCCCAGCAGGCCGUGCUUCUGGGAAACUCCUCCACACCCACACUCACCGCCAGCCAAGCACAGAUGUAUUUACGAGCUCAGAUGGCACAGCAAACCAAUCUUGUGCAAGUAGCGAGGAGCCUAGGACGAGCCGUUCCUUUGUCCCCUCAGCUCAUCUUCACCCCAACUGCCUCAGUCACCGCAGUUCAGCCCGAGACCUCUGCGUUAUCAAUCAACACGUCGCCCACCAGCGGACAGGUGCAGAACUUGGCUCUCCGUGGCCAGCAGGGGGCGCUGGCUUCCUCCCUCUCUCAGUCUCAGUUACAGAGCCUGGGUGCGAAACAGUGCCCCGGGGCAUCAGCGCAGCUCUCUGUGACCCGACUUAAAGGUCCUGAAGCGGAGCCGAACUCUCAGGGAUCUGCAGCGAAGAGCAGUCCUGCAGACACAUCCUCAGAGACUGUGGGAAAAAAUGACAAAACCAGUGACCUCACAACUAGGGAGCUUAACGUGUGUCCCAAUGUGACCUCAGUGGCGGGCCAUCCUCUCAUCAGCACAGGUGAGCCAUCACAGUCCGGAUGCUGUCUUCACAUGCAUAUCCAAACGAAAGUGUAGCAUCUCGAUCGUCUUACUAAUGGAUGCGUGAAAGCAACUAGAAAAGCUCAAGUGCCAGG